AUGACUAUGAUUGAUCCUAUAUUAAAAAUUCGGACUAUUUUGGGAAUAGAUGCAAAAACAAUCUAUGAAGAACUUACACAAGCGUUAGGAUCUGACACUCCAUCAGAUCGAACAGUCAGAAGAUGUACACAACGUUUUCGUCAAGAGAGAGAAUAUGUUAAUAAUGAUUAUCGAUCUGAUCGUCCGGUUUCGGUACUUACAGAUGAAAAUAUUGAACGCGUUUGGCAAGUUAUUGAAGAUGAUCUACAUUCAACUUAUGAUGAUAUCAUAGCUGAGAUUACUCUCUCUCAUGAUACAAUAGAACGAAUUAUUCAUGAUUGUUUAAAGACGAGAAACCCAUGUAAAAAUUUUUGACAAUUUAAUAAAGUUUUGUGACGUGAAAAUUCGUUAAAAAUUUAACGAUUUAACGAUUAAAAAUGUUACAAUUUCGAUCGUGAAAACGCGUUAAGUAUGCAAAAAAUUAACGCGUGUUUCAACGUUAACAAUAACAUUUUUUAACACGUUUUCAGGAUCAAAAUUGUAACAUCUUUUUUGGUGAGAUCGUUAAAGUUUUAACGAACUAUCACGCAUGAAAAUGUGUUAAAUUCGUUAGCGCAUAUACACAAUAGUAUUGAGAAUAUUCUAGACUGUUAUAAAUCACAUGCAUGAUCAGUAGUUUUCAGUCGUCAAUAUUCUCUAAGUCUUACUUAUUUGACCAGGAAAAUUUGUAUCAGCAACUGCACUUGAAUAUUGUACGCAGUCAACUACAUACAAG